AUGCCUGGUUGUGAAGUAUGUUUUGACUUAAAUCCUGGCUCCGCAGGUGGAUUGAUCAACUGGAAGAUUCACAUCACAGAUGAUUGUGCUUGUGAACAUCGUCUGGCUUUUGAAAGUGCCCAAUUUAAAAAUUCUACUGGAAUUCAUUGUUCGGUUAUUCAAAGUGGAAUUUGCUUGAUCGAAAAGAAGUAUUCGACUAGAAAUCAUCGGAUAGAUGUGAAAGAAGGGGGGACUUUGAUUCUUCGUGAAGGGUUUCCACUGAUAUUGGAACUCAAGAACUUGCCACGCUUCGAGUACUUUUCCAAAAGAGAUGCAUGCCAGGGAACUGAUACCAACAAUCCUUGGAUAAAAUCCUUUGGCAUAUCUGAAGAAGUGCCUCCAAAAUUGUCGAUAAAGAAAUGUAAAUCUAUCAUUGAUAGAUGGAUAAAAGAAUGCGACAAUGAGCACAGCUCUUGUUGUAUCAAAGCAGCAGAUGAACAAGCCCUUCCAUCAAGGCUACUUGAUAUAAGAAAAAGAGCUCACAAUGCAAUCAUUCUUGUGGAGGUUCAUGGAAGCAACAGCUCGGAGUCAAGAACAGCCAUUACACGUUAUGCGACACUUAGUCACUGUUGGGGAAAAAUCCAGCUUCUAAAAACAACUAAGAAUUCUUUAAGCAAACAUAAAAAGGGAAUACGACUAAGCGUUUUGCCUAAAACCUUCCGCGAAUCAAUAAAAGUACUUCAAGCUCUUAGGAUUCAAUUUGUAUGGAUAAAUAGUCUGUGUAUAGUUCAAGAUGAUGAUGCGGACUGGAAACGCGAGUCAGCAUGCAUGGCUGCCAUCUAUUCCAACAGCUAUUUGAAUAUCGCUGCAACAGGUGCAAGAGAUAGUAAGGGUGGAUGUCUUAAGAUAAGAUGUUUGAAGCGACUGUCAUUCACACUUGGAACAAAGUCACACCCCAUCACCGAUCAAUACAGGAAUAUCGAUUGGGGAAUUCGACUCCGCCCUUCAUUUGAGUCAGUCCAUCACCGUUACAAUAGUCGCGUAAGCUCUGGAACAGACGUGUUAGAUAAGAUAAAUACCCCUCUUUUGUCUCGAGCUUGGGUCUUUCAGGAACGACAAUUAGCACCGCGAACUUUACAUUUCCAUCCUUCCGAACUCGUAAUGAAAUGCAAAUCAGGUCUCCGUUGCGAAUGCACAAUUCUUGAAAGAAUGAAUGAUGGUUCAGGCAGUAAUUCGAAGGAUCAAGAUAGCUUGAGACCUGAAGCUUACGAAAUAUUCAAUCAAUGGAACGAAUUGGUCAGAGAGUAUUCGCGAUUGUUGAUCACCAGGGAAUCAGACCGGUUGAUUGCGCUUAUUGGAAUCGCAACCCAAUUCCAGAGAAAAGUGAAUUGUGGGUAUCUGGCUGGACUAUGGAGUUCUGAUAUUGCAAAUGGCUUGUUGUGGGAUAUUACUGGAAGCCCUUACAUGAGAGAAAGAAUGGAUCUAAGACGAAUUAAAGAGCCAUUUGCCCCCACUUGGUCUUGGACUUCUCUGGUUCAAGGCGUAGGUUCUUUCACCACCUCAAUUGUGUUUCACCCAGGCCAAGUGCUCACACCCGACGAGAACUUCAAAUAUUUGGGGACCAAUAUACCAUAUUCAGCUAGUGAAUGGCACAAUAUGCAAGGCACAGGUUGUAUCAAAAUCCAAUGUCUAUAUAUAUCUGCCAUCGUGUACAAGGAACGAAAGCACUCUCGUGGUUCCAUCAGACCCAGACUUGUCUUCAAGUGUGACUAUAAUCGAAAUUUCAAAGUCAACUUGGAUGUGCCUCCAUGUGUCGCGACAGUUGAUGAAAUCUGCUCUGUUGCAAACGGUACUGAAAUAUACUGUUUACUAGUUGCAAGAAGAUACCACACAGAUGAAACCACCAACCAAAAAACUUCCUGGCUACAUUUUCUGAUAUGCACACCUUUGGAGGUAACAGCGAAAGAGAUCGAGAUUUCAAGAAUUGGAGUCUGCAGCAUACUUGAAGCUGAGACACCGCUCACGUUCGCGCAAGAUUUGCUUUUCAACCUGGUAUGA